AUGUUUUUCGACAUUAACAUACAAUUCGACAACUUCUACAUCUCGGUACGACUGCGGGUUCAAAGAGCUUCAAUUGAAUCUGCAAUAAGAAAGUAAUAUCAUCCGUGAAGGCAGGAUACAAGAUCGGCUGUGAUCAUGGACCCGGAAGCGUUUUUGGAUGUGGCCAAUCAGGUCAUCAAGCUAAAAAUGUUUCCGUUCUUUGAUAUCGCGCACAGUUUACUUGCCGCGCUGGCCGUGCGCGAGGAUUUAGGCGCCAACGCUCAGGCCUUCUCCAGGAAGCAUCCAUUGGCCUGUUGGCUAUCCACAAUGCUGGUGAUAUUCGCGGGCGGCAUGGUGGCUAAUGGAUUACUGGGUGAGCCCAUAUUGGCUCCAUUGAAGAACACCGGACAGCUCCUUGUGGGCACAGCUGUGUGGUAUUUAGUAUUUUAUACACCCUUUGAUAUUGGAUACAAGGUGGCUAAAUUUCUGCCAGUAAAAAUUGUCGCCAGUGCCAUGAAGGAAAUAUACCGUGCUAAGAAAGUGUACGACGGCGUCGGACAUGCUGCCAAAUUGUAUCCAAACGCGUGGAUAAUCAUGAUCAUAAUCGGCACCCUCAAGGGCAACGGCGCUGGUUUCACUAAGUUGAUCGAGCGCCUCAUUAGAGGCGCAUGGACACCGACGGCAAUGGAAUUCAUGCAGCCAUCAUUCUAUACGAAAGCAUCGUUGCUAGCCUCCAUUAUCUUCGUGCUGGACAAAAAGACCGAUUGGAUCUCAGCGCCGCACGCCUUAGUAUACUUUGGCAUUGUUAUAUUCUUGGUGUACUUUAAGUUGUCCUCCAUCUUGUUGGGCAUUCAUGAUCCCUUCCUUCCAUUGGAAAAUCUGUGCUGUGCAAUCUUCUUUGGUGGUAUUUGGGAUAGUUUGGCCAAGAUUUUGGGACGUGGCCAGGCCAAGGAUGGCGAUAGUAAAGACGUUAAGAAAAGCAAUUGAAUCAUUUGUAAAUUAGCUCAAAAUUAGUAAACGCUGCCAACCAAAGCUACAAUUUAUUAAUAUCGAACAAACAUUAUUCAAUGUAAAAUUCAUAAGUAAAAUAUGUACUGAUAUCCGUAUUUGUACAAGAUUCGAUGUACAAAAUCAAAUUUAAUGAUAAGCAACAAGUGGGUGUGUCUGCUUAUCCUUGACUCUGAUUUUCCAUUUAUAUUUUUAGUUAUGUUUUUAAAUUUCUAGUAUAUUUGGGGACUUUCAAACUACGUAAACCUAAUUUUUUGUUUUGUUUUUAUUGACGACUGAAAAACUCAGAAUAGGACGACGACUAAUUAAAUGUACGAUUUGUGUCUGCAGUAUAAUGAAAUCUGGGCAAUUGCUGAGGUUUUGUAGCACAGUCUUCGGCACGUCGAAGCUAAUUCAUAUUUAUAAACAAAGUAUCUAAAAGUCAUAGACGUGGCAUAUUCUGUUUUUUUUUCAAACCCCCAAGAUGUAAAUAUUUAAGUCAUUUUUUGAACAAUGAAAUUUUGUUAAAUAUUACAUUUGUUUGGGAGUAUAUCCAAGGAAUUCAUACAUUUAAAGAGUUCAUCACAGACGAGUAUAUAUACAAUAAUCGGACUAUUUAGUGUAUAUUUAUAUGUAAACACGCGUUCAUACAAUUGAACGCGUUUGUAUGAGAUUCUAAUGAUCAUUGGUUGCAAUAAAUCUAUGUGAUUUGAAUUUUUCAAACGUUUUUUUCCCUUUUACAUAUACACAAAUAUCGAUCCGAGUGAGAGGGGACGAGAUAGAGGCAAG